AUGACUGCUUGGGUUCGGAUUAAUGGCUUGAAGGUGGAGUAUUUUCGCUCUGAUGUUAUGGAGAAGAUUGGGAAUCUUAUUGGUGCCACUGUAAAAGUAGAUGCUCAUACCAUGAGUCAAGAUCGAGGUAAAUUUGCUAGAGUCUGUGUUGAACUUGAUUUAGCUAAACCUCUAACCCCUUUCAGUGAGGUGGAAGGUCAUUCUUAUCGGAAUAUGGAGGUUAAUAUUUCGGAUAAGAGUGGUGAUCUCAGUGUUAAUAAUCCUGUUACUAAAGAUGUUGAGAUUCCAGCUAAGAUGCAUGGGCAAUGGAUGUUAAUAAAACCAAGAAGUUUUAAUACAAAGAAGGUGGAGGAUAGUGGAAAGGAUGAUAUGGAGGGGUUUACUCCUGUUAGCACAAGGGGGAAUGUGAAGUUUGCCACUCCUUCUGGUUUUGGAUCAUCUUAUAAGGCUAAAUCUUAUGGAAAGCAGCCUUCUCAUCCUCGUGAGUCUUCGCCUUGGGUUUUUAAAAAUCCUUUGAAAGACAUCACUAAUGCUUCAGUGUCCAAAGUAGGAGGUGUUGUGGUUAAGGGUGGCCCUAAUUUGAGGAAGCCUUGUAGGAAUGAAGUGGGGGUUCAAGAUGACGUUCGUGGGGUUUUCUCGUUCAAUGUUGUUGGUUCUCCUUUUAAUGAUUCUUCUUUAGGCCAGGCUGGCUUGGUUAAUAGUCAUGACCCACCUAAUAUUAGCCGAACAAAGUUAUAUGAAGCUAAGUCUUCUAGUGUGAGUAUUGCCUCUAAUGAUAUGGAUCAACAUGGGAUUUCACUGGGACUCACUAGUGGUUGCUCACUGUGGUUUAUGCUAAUCCUUGUCUUGGGAUUCGAGAAUUUUAAUGACAUUGUGUGUGCUAAGAAGAAAUGUGGUGGUAAUUUGGAUAAUGGUGGGCAGACUUUCAUUGAUUGGAUUGAUCAUAAUCAUCUUGUUGACUUAGGCUUCUUUGGAGCCAAUUUCACUUGGUGUAACAAAAGGAAUUCUGAGGGUAUUAUUUGGAAAAGACUUGAUAGAGGUUUAUGUAACAUUGAGUGGCGCCUUUUGUUUCAUGAAGCUCAUUUAUCUCAUCUUCCUAGGGUUAAUUCGGAUAAUUGCCCUCUUUUGGUGAAGUUAUUGUCUAAUCAUGCCCCAGCGAGAGCUUUUUUGCCUUUUAGGUUCCAAGCUAUGUGGUUAAGCCAUCCUGAUUUCUCUAAGUUCAUUUAUGAUAUUUGGAGUUCUAGAUUGUUUAAUGUUUCUGUUUCUACUGGUGAGUAUUCUUUGCUUCCUCAAUUGUUUUCUCAGCUUGGUUGUGAGGAUUUAGCUGGUUUAAGUGGCACUAUCACUGAAUUAGAAAUGAAGCAUAGUUUGUUUGCUAUUGGAGGUCUUAAAACCCUUGGGCUAGAUGGUUUCCUUGAUAUUUUUUAUCAGAAUUUUUGGGAUCUUUGUUCUAGUGAUAUCAUCUCAGUUGUUAAAUAUUAUUUUAUAACUGCUUCUCUUCCUGAGCAUCUCAAUGAUACCUUGAUUGCUUUGGUUCCUAAGGCUGAAAGGCCUACUUCUAUACCUCAAUUAAGGCCUAUCAGUUUGUGUAACACUCUUUACAAGGUGGUUUCUAAGAUCCAUGUUGCAAGACUUAGACCUCUUAUGUCUAAGCUUGUUAGUCCCACUCAAGUGAGUUUUGUGCUAGGCAAACGUAUUACUGAUAAUAUUGUUGUGGCUCAGGAACUGUUGUAUAAAUUUAAGAUUUCAAAAAGGAAAAAAGGGUUUGUUGCUUGGAAAAUUGAUCUAUCCAAGGCCUAUGAUCAUCUGAGCUGGAAUUUUAUUAGGGAAGUGUUUUGGGAAGUUGGCAUUAGAGGCAGGAUUCUUGAGCUUCUUAUGAUUUGUAUUAGUUAUGUCCAGUAUAAAGUUGUUCUUAAUGGUGAGUUAACUGAGACUUUUGUUCCUAAAUGUGGGAUUAGGCAGGGUGAUCCUCUUUCCCCUUAUAUUUUGUCUUGUGCAUGGAGAAACUUUCUCAUCUUACUCAUCAAAGAGUUCAGGAUAAAAUCUGGAACUUCUGUUACUCAAGCUAAAGUUAUGAAGCAGUGCUUAGAUGACUUCUGUAAUCUCUCUGGUCAAAGGGUUAGUUUUGAGAAAUCUAUGAUUUGUGUUUCCCCAAAUACCUGCUCUGAUUUAGCUCGUCAACUUGCUUUUAUUAGUGGUUCUCCUCUUACUGAUUGUCUUGGUAAAUACCUUGGGGUUCCUUUGAUUCAUAAAAAAGUUACUAAGGCUACUUAUUUUGAGAUCGUUGAUAAGAAAACUGCUUGGAUGAAUCAAGCUUUAUUGGCUAAGACUGGUUGGAGAUUGCUUCAGAAUGAUCAAGGCCUUUUGUCUCAGAUUUUGAAUGCUAAGUAUUUGAGUUGCAGUUCUAGUGUUUGGAGGGGUGUUUUAUAUGGUGCUAAGCUUCUCCCUCAUGGCCUUUAA